CGGCGAGAGACCGAUCAGCCUUCCGUCGGCUAUACAACAUUGCACUAGCCCAAGACAUCACUUUGUCUUUAUUAUCGCGCCUGGCAUUUCGUAACAGGUGUUCACCCUUCGUGGCCGUUUCUGCUGGCAUGCAGCACCCGGUGUAUGCUCCCCCGUGACGUCAUAGGACGAGUGGCGAUAUGGCGGACGUGGUGUAUGGCCAGUUUUAGAAUAGCUCUGUUACUUGAGUGUGCUCUUGGAAAAGUUGUACAGCUCAUAAACAUACCUUUUCCACACACACACACAACAGACUUCGUCAAAACCUCCCAACAUGACGACCGAAUGGGCAAGGAAAUGGCUUUCCGAACCGUCAUCCACUCCAGCACCUAAACAAUUAGUCACCAUCAUCGACGAGCUCGUCUCCUCCAAAACAUCGCCCCAAAGCUCUGCCUCCGCAACAGCCUCCCUCGUCGAAGCGCAAGACGACAUCAGCUUCGCCUUGGCCGAUCUUGUCGGUCUCUACUUUUCGGCUGCUGAAUCAUGUACUAGUUUGCAAGAAUUGGAACUACUAGUAGCGUACCGCGUUGAGUUAGCAAGACUACCAGAUGCUGUGAACCGAGGGCCAGAGGCCAGGAGCUGGGAUGUGCCUGGCCUAGAGCCCCCACGCAAAAUUGAGGUUGGAGAGGUGAUUGUGAUCGAAGGGAAGAGGUUGUGGAGUCAGUUACCCGGGUUUAGCCUACAUGUUGCGGAGACAUUUCAAGGUCCCGAGCUAUGGACUCACAGUAUCCGGAACCCAGCAACCCCCGAAGUCGCAACCACCAAAUGGAAAGACUUCAACACUCUCCUUGCACUUACCGCACAUGACCCUGACGCUCAAACCACACCAGCUCUCGCAAAUUACACCAGACUGUCUCGUGUGACUCUAGCCAUGGCACUAGAAUACUCACCUGGUACAAGGCUGGGCAAGAAUACAGCCAUGCAUGUACCUGCGGCUGCACAGUGGUUUUUGAUCGCGGGGGAAGAGAUAGAGAAGAUGUGUGAGGCGGGAACGGAGUCGAUACCUGGGGGUGAUCUUUGGGUGGGAAGAGGGGGAAGUGACGUUUGCGACGUAGCAAGAUUGCAGUUUUGGAAGGAGAGAUUAAGGGAGUUGGGGUAUUGAUGUCAUUAUCGGCAAGGGCAGAUAGAUAUCAGACAUUAUUACUUGGCUAUGCGCAUGUAUUCUGAGGAUAGCUCAGCUUCCUAUUGCUGAACCCCUCGACUUCACACCAGAUAAAUCCUCACAUCCCUGCC